GUCUGGGCUGAAGCUAGAGGCGACCGAUCGUGGGAAGGGGAGGCAGAAAGGCUAGAAGGAGGAGGGCCGGGGCCCAGGCCGCGCCUCCCCGAACCCGCCGCGCGCCCCCGGGGUGGGGGAGGAGCGCAGGGGACAGGACAGAGGGGUCCCUCCCCGAAGCAGAGCCGCCCUGCGCCUCGUCCCUGCGCUGAUCCCCGCCCUCACCCGAGGCUGGAGCGCAGACCCACCCUCUCACCACGGACCCGCGACCUCCCCGACGCCCGGCGACGCCCUGACCCUCGCCGCUGGUCCGCGAACUCCCUAGGCUAAUCCAGGACCUGCCCCUGUGCCGGCUGCCACCCGGACGCCGCACGCCUUCCCAGGCGCCCUUUUCCGAGCAGAGGGAAAAGAGAAGAUCGAGCCCCUCUCAGUGUGAAUGCGCCAACGGGCGGAGCGGAGCGGACACCGCGCGCGGGCAUUGUGUGUGCGCGUGCAGCGUGGGGUCCGCGGCGGGGAGCACCCGCGGGAGGUCCCGUCUCCAAGGGGCGGAGCGCAGGGCUUCCAGCUCUGGGCUCCCUGUCCGGGCAGAGUCCCAGCGGAGCCCGACCGCUGCCUAGGCGGCGGGACGGCGCGCCUGGCGGCCAGGAGGGCGCACUGAAAGAAGGCCGGCGAGCCCUGGUCCCCGCGGUUCCCGAACGAGUUCCUCUUCAGUCCGCGAAUCUGCGGGAAAGGUUCGAUCGCCGACACAGGGCGCGGGGAGCCGGGCCGCCCCGUCGAGGGAAUCUGAGACGUCCUCUGGACUGCGUUUGACCGCCGUGCCCGCCGUGCACGGAGCGCGUCCACUGUGUCCACCGACCCCUUUGGUGCCUGGUCCUCGAGCCCUCACGGCGUGCACCAUGAGCGGCGGCGAAGUGGUUUGCUCGGGAUGGCUCCGCAAGUCCCCCCCGGAGAAGAAGUUGAAGCGUUAUGCGUGGAAGAGAAGGUGGUUUGUCUUGCGCAGUGGCCGUUUGACUGGAGACCCGGAUGUCCUGGAGUAUUACAAAAAUGAUCAUGCCAAGAAGCCUAUCCGGAUUAUUGAUUUAAAUUUAUGUCAGCAAGUUGAUGCUGGGUUGACAUUCAACAAAAAGGAGUUUGAAAACAGCUAUAUCUUUGAUAUCAACACCAUCGACCGGAUUUUCUACUUGGUGGCAGAUAGUGAGGAAGACAUGAACAAGUGGGUCCGUUGUAUCUGUGACAUCUGUGGUUUCAAUCCCACAGAAGAAGAUCCUGUGAAGCCGCUGACCGGCUCCUCACAAGCACCCGUCGAUUCACCUUUCGCUAUAAGUACAGCACCAGCCUCCAGUCAGAUGGAAGCAUCUUCAGUCGCGCUACCUCCUCCUUACCAGGUCAUCAGCCUCCCACCACACCCAGACACCCUUGGCCUCCAGGAUGAUCCACAAGACUACCUCUUGCUGAUCAACUGUCAAAGCAAGAAGCCUGAACCUACCAGAACCCAUUUUGACUCUGCCAAGCCCACCUCUUCUGAGACAGACUGCAAUGACAACGUCCCUUCCCACAAGACUCCUGCUUCUUCCCAGAGCAAACACGGAAUGAAUGGCUUUUUCCAGCAACAAAUGAUGUAUGACUGCCCACCGUCCCGGCUUACGUCUGUCUCUGGAGAGUCCAGCCUCUAUAACCUGCCCAGGAGCUAUUCCCAUGACGUGUUGCCAAAGGAAUCCUCGUCAAGCCCUGAGGCAGAUGGGGAGCUUUACACCUUUAACACCCCAUCUGGGACCGCAGGUGUAGAAACUCAGAUGAGACAUGUAUCUAUCAGUUAUGACAUUCCGCCAACACCUGGGAACACUUACCAGAUUCCACGGACAUUUCCAGAAGGCACAUUGGGACAGUCAUCAAAGCUGGACACCAUUCCUGAUAUCCCCCCACCUCGGCCACCAAAGCCACACCCAACUCAUGACCGGUCUCCUGUGGAAACGUGUGGAGUCCCACGCACGGCCUCGGACACUGACGGCAGUUACUGUAUCCCUCCUCCAGCAGGCAUGACGCCCUCCCGGAGUAAUACCAUUUCCACCGUGGAUUUGAACAAGUUGCGGAAAGAUUCUAGUUCUCAAGAUUGCUAUGAUAUUCCACGGACCUUUCCAAGCGACAGAUCCAGUUCCCUGGAAGGCUUCCAUAGCCAGUAUAAAAUCAAAAGCGUGUUGACAGCGGGAGGUGUCUCAGGUGAAGAGCUGGACGAGAACUACGUUCCCAUGAACCCCAACUCGCCACCUCGACAACAUUCCAGCAGCUUUACCGAGCCAAUUCAGGAGCCAAACUAUGUGCCAAUGACCCCUGGGACCUUUGAUUUUUCUUCCUUUGGAAUGCAAGUUCCUCCUCCUGCUCAUAUGGGCUUCAGGUCCAGCCCAAAGACCCCUCCCAGGAGGCCAGUUCCUGUUGCUGACUGUGAACCACCCCCGGUGGAUAGGAACCUCAAGCCAGACAGAAAAGGUCAGAGUCCUAAAAUUUUAAGACCCAAACCCCAUGGUUUAGAGCGAAGCGAUUCACAAACCAUAGGUGACUUUGCUACAAGAAGAAAGGUCAAGCCGGCACCUUUAGAAAUAAAACCUCUGUCAGAAUGGGAAGAGCUGCAAGCCCCAGUCAGAUCCCCCAUCACUAGGAGCUUCGCUCGGGACUCCUCUAGGUUUCCCAUGUCCCCUCGGCCUGAUUCUGUGCACAGUACGACAUCGAGCAGCGACUCCCAUGACAGUGAAGAGAACUAUGUCCCCAUGAACCCAAAUCUGUCCGGCGAAGAUCCGAAUCUCUUUGGCGGCGGCAGCCUUGAUGGGGCGAGCAGCCCGAUGAAUAAACCCAAAGGAGACAAACAAGUCGAAUACCUGGAUUUAGACCUAGAUUCUGGGAAGUCCACGCCACCACGGAAGCAAAAGAACAGUGGUUCUGGCAGCAGCAUGGCAGACGAGAGGGUGGAUUACGUCGUGGUGGACCAACAGAAGACUCUAGCCCUAAAGAGUACCAGAGAAGCUUGGACGGAUGGGAGGCAGUCCACAGAGUCCGAGACACCCACCAAGAAUGUGAAGUGAAGACAUGCCGUCGCCUCUGCCGACAGACGAGAUCAGAGUGGAAAGUGAGAUGCCAAGUGGAGAUGUUCCUGCUCACUCAGUGGAGCCUCAAGCCAGCAGGGGCAGAGAAAAGGACCUCUCAUACAUGUUCAAGCAAAUUACGUUGUGAAUGGUGCUGUGUGGUAUUGAAUUUGUAACAUGUAAAUAAGUUGGGGAAAUAGUGUUUUAGAGUUCACAGAGAAGCUUCGGUCCCUAGUUAACACACCUGUAGUAUUACUAUACUGAUGCACUUUUCAUUUAAAACCUUGGUUUUGGUCUUCCCGAUCUACCUUAACAGACUUUCCUCGGGAGGUCUUUUAGCCUCCUCACACUACUCUUUAUAACAAUACUAAGUGAACUGAGCGACUUUUAAUUCUGGAAAUUCCCCGUUGAAGCUACAGGGCUAACACCUUUAAAACAAGAAGAUGACAGAUUCACUUUUCUCUUGAAGGUGGUAGCCAUUAGCUUAAGCUGUAGAACAUAGUUGGACUUGUCCUUCGUUGUUUUCCAAAAAUUCCGGGGAUAAUGUAUAUACCAGGUCAAGACCUAGCUCUCUGACUCGUGUAGGUUUUAACUGUAGGACUUUGUUAUUUUUUUGUUAAUGACAGUGUUUUGGGUUCAUUGUGUGAAGGUUCUGCUGGGUAGGAUCUUGCACCUUUCAAAGACUGCCUCUUAGUUACACUAGUGAGCCCCCAAAUCAUCCACAGCACGGACUGUUGGCCUGUUCUUACUCCUGUUUAUGUAUAUUAAACAUUAUUUGCAAAAGGCAGAUCAUAUGACUGACUAAUCAGGUACGUACAGGGCGCUCAUGUGCUAAUACAGUGAUUGGGUCAGACAAAGUGCUUCAGUUAGGUGUCCGUUAGUCCUAAUCUUGGUUUAGAAUUAAUUGACAUUCACUGUCAGUUGCAGCAACAUACUGUGAUUUUGAAAGAAUUAGGCAGGAAUUCAAGAUUACUACUCUUAGAGCUCUCUCUCUCUCUCUCUCUCUCUCUCU